AUGUCCUACCACAAAUCCUCGGUUUACAUCAGUCUGAGCGGGAACCAAGUUCUCUCCGCGCUUUGCAGGACUUGCGACGGGGAAUGGAUCCGCUCGACAAUCGACUUGAACACCGUUCUCGGGAACUCUGACGGUAUGCGCGCUACACUCACCCCUCUCUUCGCCGCAAGCUGACAAGACAACAAGGCCGCUUCGAAUGGGGCGGCGUCAGAUUCUCCCACACGGCCAAAGACGUAACGUUGAAAGACAACCGCACCCUCUCCGCAUACCUCAAGCGGAGGGAUGGAAGCUGGUCCGAGAAGCCCGUAGAGGUGAACCUUACCGAACACAUCACGAACCACGACGGGGCGCUUCGCAACUGCAACCCCGCACCUGAGCAACAGGACCAGGAGCCGUCCGCCGCGCCAAACCUUCUGGAGAAGUUGGAUGCUGUCUCGGGACUAUUGCGCAGUCAGCAGAUCGCCGCCAAGAACUCGGGUUUCGAGUUGGAGUUUGUUAGCACUUCGAAUAAUCGCCUGAUGCUGGAGGAGCUGGAGGUUGCAUUUUUGAGACUGCGGAAGUUGGUGGGCGUGAUUUCUGGGGAGUUUGAUGGGGAGGGUGAAGAGGUGGAUGCGGAAGCGGGGAUACGGAAGAGGGCGGAGGCGGAGGCGGCGGUUAGACCGAUGAUUAAGGCGUUCGAGAAGGUGCGGGGUAAGGGUGACAAGGCCUUGGCUGCCGUCUCUAGAAUAUGCGGUGUGGUAUGGACACCCCCGGGCGGAUGUGUGGUAACGUUCUAAAGAAUUUUACUGAUAAUUUAUUAUAGACAGCAGAGUACGAGACGGCAAACCUCCCCAUCCUCCGCCGCGACGUGGAAAGCCUGGGCACAGAGAUUGGUCUGCAAGUCAAGGACGUGCAAGUCUCCCUCGAAACGGUUCAAGCGGCGUUUGUCACAUGUUCGGCGGAACUCAAAAGUACCCAGGAAGUACUCAAGAACGCGAAAUCGACAAACAAGGCGAAUAGCAUAGAGACCCUCGUAUGCCCUCCCUCCGCCCUGGUCUACACCCCCGUAACUAAUGCAUUGGAGCGUAGAUAAAACACGCGGGUUGGAUACUCCUCCCCAUAGGCAUAGGCAUGACAAUUCCGCUAACCGCCACCCCUCUCGCCGACAAAAUCGCUGCAGCAGAAGAAAAGCUCAAAGAAUUGACCGCCCAGCAAUCCGAGAAGCAGCAGGAGCUGGACAAACUGAAACUCCAAGAGUCCGACUCCGCGCUCGCACUCCGAGCCUGCGAGGACCUGGCGACACAAUUCGCUACCCUUGAGGCGGACGUGCAGAGACUAAAGACCACGGCAGAACUCGCCAGGGAGAACAUCACCUCCACCCUCACUACCGCCAAAACCCUCGAGUCGCUCUCCAGGGAGAUGGAGGAUAAAGCCUCCAUGCUCGAGUACAAAGUUUCCAAGAAGGACUACGCGGCGCACAUUGUCCGCGUUCUAGACGAGGCCCUUCCUGGGUUCGCUGUCGUCGGGGAUGUCGGUGAGGUGCUGACCGAGUUGCUUGCAGGGGACGACGCGCGGGGCUCGGUCAAGGAGUUGAACCUGGAGAUUGAAGUCGUCAAAAGGAAGCUGGAAGUUGUCGCAUAG